GUAAGGACUUUUUAAUUUUAGAAUCAAUCUGGAAAAUCUAGAAUUUGCCUGCUGUUCAGGUAAAAACAUCCUGAUUUCUUAACAUCUUAUAUAAGCUCGUGGAAAAGGAAGAAUAUUGAAAGCAACAGACAGUUGAAGUACCACAGGCAAUUUUCAGAAAAAUGUAGCAGCCCGAAUAUCAUUUAAAAUGAAGAUGUCAGAGUAAAUGUCAAAUGGCUGAUGUCGUAACAGGGGUAGAAGCCUCAGCAAUCAGUGUCCUAAAGAGAGCUGUGGAAAUGGAUACAGCUAGAAGGUUUGAUGAAUCACUGGUGUGUUACCAAGAGGGCAUUAAUUUACUAUUACAGGUUUUAAAAGCUACAAGUGAUCAAAGUAAGAAGGAAAGAUACAGGAAGAAAAUAUCAGAAUAUAUGGACAGGGCGGAACAACUCAAAUCUUUUGUUAUAGAAACAAAAAAUGCUGGAGGAUCCCAUGAACAGAUCCAGAUAGAUGACAAUGCUACUGGAUUUGGAAUGGAGAAAUUAUUUUCACGUUUCAUGACAGAAUUUUUGACAGAAAUAGAAAUAGAAGAUCCCUACAUUAGAGCACACCAUCAAAUUUGUAAUUUACUGAGAUUUUGUGAAGUUGUUGUAAAGAGUCAGUGUUCAGUAAAGGAGAUAAGGUUACUGACUGGCAGAGAUGAGUAUCCUGAUGCUCAAAUGCAACAACAGCAGAAACUGAACCAACUAAAGAAAAGUUUACUCAGCCAUGGAAUAGAAUUCAACUGGUCCUUUCACGAUUCUCUACAUGACAGGGAAAUUAGGUUCAACACUGGGUGGAUUGUAAAGAUAGGAAGAGGAUUAGAUAUAUACAAAGCUUCAGACAAUAAAUUUUCUAUAGGAUCCAGUGACCUUGACCUACGACCUUGUCAUAAAACUACUGUAGAUAUAUUUCAUACUAAAUCCAUAAAUAAAACUAAUGAUGAUACAUCAUGACAAAUGUUAUAUUUAUAAUUAAGGCAUUUCUAACAUGGAGGUUAAGAUAGUAUAUAUAUUGAUAUUAUUAAUAUUGAACAUAUAUUUGCAAUGUUCAUUUGAAAUCUCAAUUCCUGCUUUUUUCAUGUUCAAAAUACUAUUUAGAUGUAGAUGGUUUAGACUUAAAAUACAAAUUAGUGAACAUAUUUCUCUGUUGAUAGUCUGUAGAAGUUUUAUCCUGUGAAAUUCAAAUCGAAAACAAACAAAACAUAUAAGUUUAAUCUUUAACCUUUUAUACAUGAUCUGUUAAGAUGAAACAUGAUUUUGUUCAUUUAUUUGAUUUGGCACAUUAAAAAAGAAUGAAAGAAGUGUAAUGAUACUUUUGAAAAUUUUUUAUCAUAUAAGUGGCCUUUUAUCUUCGGCUUCCUUUUUCUUAAAUUUUGCAAAUAUUUUUUUUCCAGAUGAUUUACUUUUAUGAUUUCAUGAUUUUGUAUUUUCAUUUGAAAUACAAUUUUUUUUAGGUAUUUUUUGCAGGUACUGUUUACAUGUAUUAACCUCCAACAGUAACUUAUUAUUCCACCUUAGCAAUUAGCUCACAUAUUACACCAGACUUUACAAGAGUGUUUAUAUAACUUGUCGUUGAAAUUUUAUAUGAAUUAUUUGUUAUUGUUUUGCGUCCAUUUCUUACAUUGUAUAUAUAUAAUUAAUAAAAAUAAAUUAUGAUUACUAAGAA